CCCCCCUCGUCCGUGGGCCUGGUGGGGGUCUCCUACAGCUCCGUCACCCUGGAGUGGAUCCCGGGCUUCAACGGAGGUCUGGCCCAGAGCUACCGUAUAAGGUACCGGGCACCCCACAGCAACAGCUUCACCUACGUGGACGUCUUCCCUCUGUCCACCGCCGUGUACACCGUCACCAACCUGGCGCCGAGCACCACCUACAACUUCUCCAUCGCCGCCCUGAACGCCAUCGGAGAGAGCGGCUACGAGGACGCAGCGUCGCUGGUCGCCACCACCGACGAUUGGUUUGUGGAGGACCGGAGUGGCUCAGGUGAAGACACGGGACCUUCUGGCCUCCCGAUGUACCUGACCUCGACGCUGAGCGCUGUGGCCGUGGUCCUGUUGGCCUCCAACGCGGUGGGCUUCGUCCUGGGCUGGAGAUGGAGACAGAGGCGCCUGCACACAGGGAGAAGCACAACGUCAGACCAGAGCAGUGUGUUGGAUGAGAAGAAGAGCGAGGCGGCCGGGUCCGGGGGCACCGCGGGGGACGGCUCCGGGCGCUACGAGAGCCGGGAGAAGAUCAACGCCGCCGCGCAGCGGACGCUCAUCACCGACUCUGGAUCCGAGACGCAGAGCAACGUCUACGAGAGCUAUGGCGCGGAGAGUCAAAACUAUUACCCUUUAAGAGACUAUCGUCCACGGCUUCAACCCUACGCUGAGGAGACGCACAGGCCGGGUGAGACUGCACACUACAGGACCGAUCACGUGCACUAUCCCGUGCACUAUCCCGGUGAGCCUCCUGGUCAUGAGUAUGAGACGGUGAGAGAGUUUGGUUGGAGACCGGAUGUGCCAGAGACCCCCGCCUUGUUUCCUCCACCGGACCCUCUAGGCUGUCCUCAGCAGGGGAGCAGAGGACUGCGUAGGCCGGCUGACGACGGGUUGACCUCCAGGGAUUAUGAAUUGCCCUUUGAACUCCGAGGGGAGCUGGUCUAAUGUUGACUCAUUACUCAGUGAAGUAUUAUAAUUUAAUGUCGAUUUGUCAAUAAAGGCAGAGUAUUGUACAAUACGAUAUUUUUAUGUAUAUUUUUUUCUCUUGGAAAUAGAUCACACACUUAAUUUAUAUGCAUAUUAUUCAUAUGCAUGUUUAAUGCCAAUUCUCUGAAACAGCUUUUAUUAUGUUGUAUUAGUUGAAAAUAGUCAUGCACUUCACUCUCAAACAUCUAUCCUAGUUCUCAUAUUUACCUUUCUCUAUUGCUGAGUUUCAAAUAUCAUAUGUUCCUUUUUGUAUUUACCAACGAGAUUUCCCUCCUCAGCUGAAUAAAGGGAUAUUAAAAAGGU